AUGCUCAAAGGCAACGCAUUUCAAAAAUCUGGAAAGCGAGGGAGAAAUGGCAACACUUUUACUCAAAUUUUAUUGGAAGUUUACAAAUGUAUUACAGACAUCAGUAAAACAGCAUAUCCAUUGUACAGGAUCUCAAGCAAUGUGUUCACUACAGUCUCUGGCAGAGCCUGCACCAAAGGCCGCUGCAGACCUUCUGAACAAACAGCGCGACGCUCACACACAGCACACCGGCCCGCCCACCCCCUCAGCCCUCCGAGGCCUUGCUUGCACUUGGAAUCAAAGCAGGAGAUGGGCAAAGCAGUCCCGGGGGGGAAGAAUGCGUUUAGGAGAAGGAAAACGCCCAAGUCCUGA